AUGAUCCAUGCCAAGAUCUCUUCACCAUUGCGUUCUCCAUCUCGAAGAAAACGACAAACUAGUAGUGGCAGGACAUGCAAUGGAUCAGCAAAGAUUCGACAACAAAAUGAGGAAAAUAUUCUAUCAGAUUCACUUCCCGCUCGACAUUCAAGUUUCUACAAACGAAAUAAAGAACACUUAAAGAUCGGUAAUAUUCUACAAAGAAAGAAAAGCUUUGUGAUUGCACCUGAUGCUUCUAUACCAAAUUCAAGUUUUCGUGCUGAGCUCAAAAGAAAAGAAAUUCAACCGGUGGAAGUGGAAGUUUUUCGAUUGCGAUUGGAUAUUCUAAAAAAUCUUCAAGUGAAUGCGGACGAUUCCGAUGUCCCAAACAAUGAUGACGACCGCCGUGAGAAAGCUUCAAAGUCAAAAUCAACUGAUAAAAAGAAACUAAGAGGAAUAUUUGCAACAUCUCAGAAAGGUCAAAACGGACUGCCAUCAGAAGACAUGGUACACAAUAAAUAUUGGACUAAAGAUACAAUGCCGCAGUUAUUUAAACAAAUGGAAAAUGAAGUCUGGUGGAAGCAGACUAACGAUGAGAAACCGAAUCUUCUUUCAAUGUUAAUGUAUUUGAUAGAAACUAUCAAAUUCAAACAGAUUGAAUCUUAUGAAUCAGCAUGUUAUUAUGUCAUCGAGAUUUUUCGAACAUUUGGUAUUGAAUCGCUGUUUGUCAAUCAAACUUUGAACAUUCUUCUUAAACAUCUUUCAACGAAUGGAAAUGAUCCAUUAAAUAGCUGUACCAUCCGUACAAUUGCUCAGUUUAUGAUCGAACAGAAAGAUAUUGUCAUUCAAUUAAUUGAAUACGCAUCGAACCUUCCGCCGAAUCACACUCUUCGACAAGAUGUUAUCAAUGCAAUUAAGUUCAUAACAGAUAUCAGUAGUUCAGAUGACAUCGAGCUAGUUCUUGGCAGUGUAGCUGUUGUUCAUGAUUAUCCAGAAGAUAAUUUCUCUCUGAAAGCCAUUGUAACAAAUCUGGCUAAUGCACCCAGAGAAGCAGCACCAGCAUCCGAAGUAGGAAAUGUAGACGAUGAAAUGGAAGAAAUCCAUCCAUUAUUGAAGAAAAUUUCAAAAGAAAAAUGGUUUCCCAAAGAAAACCUACCGAUCACUGUCGAUUAUGUAUUAGACGCGAUCAUAACGAAAUUGUCGGAUGCGACGAAAGCAAUGAUCAAAGUGUUGACAACACAUUUGGUGCAAAUGCAUCAUGUAAUUGGAUAUUCGAAAGAACAGUUCGACCGAGUUUCGGAUACUUUGAUAUUGUUGCUAGCAAAUCCUGAAGCUGAUUAUCGUUUGAUCGCUGCAACAAACCUUGCGAAUCUCAAAACAGAGACUAAAUCGAUUGAUAUUGCAUUGUUGUACUCAUUUGCAAACGAUCCUCGGAUUCUCGUUCGUACUGAAUGUUGUGAUUCAUUGAAAAUAUUGACAGGAAUCAGUUCUGAUACUCUCUUAAAAGACUGUGUAGAAGACAUUCGAUAUUUACAGACUUUACCGGAAGAAGAUUUCACUCUGCAAAAUUAUUUGAGAGAAAAGAAUCGUGUACCAACUCCACCGACACAUACUAAUGAGGAACUGACCGUGUCUGAUCAAAAUGUGAAUGUCGAUCCAACGGAAGUGAAUGAAAAUAUAACACCUGUGCGUGUUUCUCGUUCGCCUACUCCAGUAAUGAUCAAUCGAAUAUCUAUACCAAUACAGUUCGAAUCUAAUGCCAUGGAAAAUGGAAAGUUAUCAAGAGCAUCGGACAAACGAUUGGAUCGACGUGAUACUGAAGAGAAGUCGAAGUCAAUUUCAUCACAUUCAUCGGAAGAAUUACCUCAAAAACGUCAAUCACUUAUAUCAGUAAAAACUCCAAUUUCAAUUCAAAUAACUCCAAAACGUUCAUCUACUUUAUCGCAGACAACGACAGCUUCUCAUUCCCAUGUCACUCUGAAUCAUGAUGUUGAAGAAAAGGAAAAUAAUCAGAUUGAAGAAAAUUUCGAUUCACCUUCGCAAACGACCAUCAUCAGCGAUGCCGUUCAAACAAUUCUCGAAGAACAUAAACGAAUCGUUGGUUUCUACCGUAUGAUUCCAAAUCGUCCUAUUCUUAUUCCACAUAAGAUCACCAUGGAUAACAUCCUCAGCGAUCAAUCGCAUAUAAUCAUUCAUCACCAUUUCUCUCGCUUGCGUAAUCCUAACCGAUACACAUUCCGAACAUCAUCAAAUCCGAUGAAUUCGAUGAGUUUAUUUGACUUCAAUUACAAUCAACGUCAUUUAUAUGAAAUUGAAUCAGUUCAAUUACUGUCAUCGCUAGUUGUACGUGCUGUGCAAAUACAUCGUCAUCAUGAUCGAUUCAUUCCUGGUUCAUUUUCGGCAAACUUUCCUAAUCUAUUAAAUGUCACACCAAUACGUUUAGUGAAUACGUCAUCUAAAUUAUCACCAAAUCCACCAGCACGAUCCCCAUCGAGACAAUAUACUCACCUACAUUCGAAAGUACAAACGAGGGCAAUCAGAGAAGGUAUCAAUAUCCAUCGAGCUCAGAAUAUGCGUGAUGUUCUGUCUAAUCUUCUGAAAACUGAUCCUGAACCGUCAAUAACACAUCUUUCAAAUUCUGAGCAUACUCAUAUCACUCAUGCCUGGCUUCUUAGUCACUUACUAAAAUCACAAGGCGUUAUCUAUUCAGACAGUUGUCUGCAAAAAAUUAUUCAUUCUUAUCCAAAGUUUCUCCCUCUACUUCACACAAGAAUUCCAAAUCAUCUCAUAUCUGUGAUUUGGAAUGAUCCCAUUCUCAAACAUAUCGCUUCCAUAUUCAGACAUAAACAAAAUUCGAUAAUGGACGAUAGCUCAUCAGUUCAUAUAAGCGAUACAAGCUCGUCAAUACCCAUUACUGAAGAUGAAUAUUCAUUGAACAGUUUCGAGUACCUAUCGCUCAUGCAUCGUGAUGAUCAGAAGAAAAGGUUUUUGCCAUCCAUUCGGCCAACGAAAAUGGAAUAUCCACGUCAACUUCUCAAGGUUGGCUUUAGUGAAUUAGAAAUCAACUCCACUAUCUCAUCAAAUAUUUCUUUGCCUCAAGAAAAUAAAGUCAAAUCUCGUAAACGUCGAGUUUAUAUGCAUUUCAUGAUGUCGUCAAACGAAAGUGUGUCGGACCAACAAGAGCCUGUCAAAAGUCGAUCACGGCAAAUGUAUAAGGCUGAUUAUCAAACAAUUUCCUACCUUCCAAUCGUCUCUCGAGUUCCAACAUACAAAUAA